GAAACUUCAGUUGAGAAACCUAUAAAAUUUUGAAUGGCUCUCAAGUAAAUAUCUGUCAUAGGGGAUACCAGCCUUGGUGUAACAGUGACUUUUGUUGCUUUAUUUCAGAACGCCAACCAGGCACCUCUAUGGCCAAUUCCAGUGCCCUCCCUUCAAGUUCAGCUGGGAUCAGCAAGGAACUGAUUGAUCUGCAGCCCCUCAUCCAGUUCCCAGAGGAAGUUGCCAGCAUCCUGAUGGAGCAGGAACAGAAUAUUUACCGAAGGGUCUUGCCGGUUGACUAUCUUUGCUUCUUGACCCGGGACUUGGGCACUACGGAAUGCCAGAGGUCCCUGCCCUGCCUCAAAGCAUCCAUCUCAGCAUCCAUUCUUACCUCCCAGAACGGAGAGCAUAAUGCCCUUGAAGAUCUUGUGAUGAGAUUUAAUGAGGUGAGCUCCUGGGUGACGUGGCUGAUCCUCACGGCGGGCUCCAUGGAGGAGAAGCGGGAAGUCUUCUCAUAUUUGGUGCACGUGGCCAAAUGCUGCUGGAACAUGGGCAACUACAAUGCCGUCAUGGAGUUCUUGGCCGGCCUCAGGUCAAGAAAAGUUUUAAAAAUGUGGCAGUUUAUGGACCAGUCUGACCUGGAGACGAUGAGAAGCCUGAAGGACGCCAUGGCCCAGCAUGAAUCUUCCUGCGAGUACAGGAAGGUGGUGACUCGGGCACUGCAUAUCCCCGGCUGUAAGGUGGUUCCGUUCUGCGGGGUGUUUCUGAAGGAGCUCUGUGAGGUGCUUGAUGGAGCCUCCGGCCUCAUGAAGCUUUGCCCGAGGUACAAUUCCCAAGAAGAAACUCUAGAGUUUGUAGCCGAUUAUAGUGGACAAGAUAAUUUCUUACAACGAGUGGGACAGAAUGGCUUAAAGAAUUCAGAGAAGGAGUCCACCGUCAACAGCAUCUUUCAGAUCAUCAGAAGCUGCAGUCGAAGUCUGGAGACAGAAGAGGAGGACAGCCCCAGCGAGGGGAGCAGCGCUGGGAAGAAUCCCCUGAAGGAUAAAGCCCGAUGGCAGUUUAUAAUUGGAGAUUUGUUGGAUUCUGAAAAUGACAUCUUUGAGGAGCCCCAAGAAUGCGACCCUCAUGGAACAGAAGAGCCACAGAAGGCCUUUGACCAUGGGACAGAGCUCAUCCCGUGGUACGUGCUGUCCAUCCAAGCUGAUGUGCACCAGUUCCUGCUGCAGGGGGCCACGGUCAUCCACUAUGACCAGGACAUGCACCUCUCUGCCCGCUGCUUCCUCCAGCUUCAGCCUGACAAUAGCACCUUGACCUGGAUAAAGCCCACCACUGCUUCCCCAGCCAGUGCUAAAGCAAAACUUGGUGUGCUUAGUAACACAUCCGAGCCUGGCAAAUUCCCAUUACUGGGCAAUGCUGGAUUAAGUGGCCUGGCAGAGGGGGUCUUGGAUAUGUUUUCAGCAAAGGCUGUGUACAUGGGACACCCUAGCAUUGAUAUACACACUGUGUGUGUCCAGAACAAACUGAGUAACGUGUCUCUCUCAGAGACUGGUGUGACACUGCUCUACGGGCUUCAGACCACGGACAAUAGAUUAUUGCACUUUGUGGCACCAAAGCACACAGCUAAAAUGCUCUUCAGUGGAUUGUUGGAACUCACGAGAGCUGUGAGAAAGAUGAGGAAGUUCCCUGACCAAAGACAGCAGUGGCUGCGGAAACAAUACGUCAGCCUCUACCAGGAGGAUGGACGAUAUGAAGGCCCAACUUUGGCUCACGCUGUGGAGUUGUUUGGCGGCAGACGAUGGAGUACUCGAAACCCCAGUCCCGGGACAUCAGCAAAGAGUGCUGAGAAGCCCAACAUGCAGAGAAACAACACCUUGGGUAUAAGCACCACCAAGAAAAAGAAGAAAAUCCUUAUGAGGGGUGAGAGUGGAGAGGCCACCGAUGACGAGAUGGCCACCCGCAAAGCCAAAACGCACAAAGAAUGUCGGAGCCGGAGUGGUUCUGACCCUCAAGACGUUAAUGAACAAGAAGAAUCAGAGGCGAAUGCCAUCACGAGCCCUCCUAACCCUCUCCCUUCCAGAAGAGCCCACUCUUUGACCACGGCUGGGUCCCCUAACUUGGCUGCCGGGACAUCAUCUCCCAUCAGGCCAGUGUCCUCCCCUGUGCUGUCUUCUUCAAACAAGAGCCCGUCCAGUGCUUGGAGCAGCAGCAGCUGGCAUGGGCGGAUCAAAGGAGGAAUGAAGGGCUUUCAGAGCUUCAUGGUUUCAGACAGCAGCAUGAGUUUUGUGGAGUUUGUUGAGCUGUUCAAAUCAUUCAGUGUGAGGAGCCGCAAGGACCUGAAGGAUCUCUUUGACAUCUAUGCCGUACCCUGCGACCGAGCCGGCUCCACAGCGGCCCCCCUCUACACCAACCUGACCAUUGACGAAAACACCAGUGGUCUUCAGCCUGACCUAGAUUUGUUGACCAGAAAUGUCUCCGAUUUGGGGUUAUUCAUUAAGAGUAAACAGCAGCUGUCUGACAACCAGAGGCAGAUAUCUGAUGCCAUUGCUGCUGCAAGUAUCGUGACAAAUGGCACUGGGGUGGAGAGCACAUCCCUGGGCGUAUUUGGAGUUGGCAUCCUCCAGCUCAAUGACUUCCUAGUGAAUUGCCAAGGAGAACACUACACUUAUGAUGAAAUCCUCAGCAUCAUCCAGAAGUUCGAGCCUAGUGUUAGUAUGUGUCAUCAGGGCCUAAUGUCGUUUGAAGGAUUUGCAAGGUUUCUGAUGGAUAAAGAUAAUUUUGCCUCGAAAAAUGAUGAAUCGCAGGAGAACAUUAAAGAAUUGCAAUUGCCCCUCUCCUACUAUUACAUUGAAUCUUCACACAAUACCUACCUCACAGGCCAUCAACUCAAAGGAGAAUCCUCAGUAGAACUCUACAGCCAGGUCCUCCUGCAAGGCUGUAGGAGUGUAGAGUUGGACUGCUGGGACGGAGAUGAUGGGAUGCCCAUCAUUUAUCAUGGACACACCCUGACAACCAAGAUCCCCUUCAAGGAAGUGGUUGAAGCCAUCGAUCGCAGUGCCUUUAUCAACUCUGACCUCCCCAUCAUCAUAUCUAUUGAGAACCACUGUUCAUUGCCUCAGCAACGAAAAAUGGCAGAAAUUUUCAAGACUGUGUUUGGAGAAAAGCUGGUGGCUAAAUUCUUAUUUGAGAGUGAUUUCUCAGAUGAUCCAAUGCUUCCCUCACCUGACCAACUCAGGAGGAAAGUACUUCUCAAAAAUAAGAAGUUAAAAGCCCAUCAGACACCAGUGGAUAUAUUAAAGCAAAAGGCUCAUCAGCUAGCAUCCAUGCAAGCUCAGGCUUAUAAUGGUGGCAGUGCCAACCCUCCACCUGCUAAUAACGAAGAAGAGGAAGAUGAAGAGGACGAAUAUGAUUAUGACUAUGAAUCCCUCUCUGACGAUGUCCUUACUGCUUCUCCUGUUCCUAACAGUCAGGAAGACAACAUUCUAGAAGACAGACCUGAAAAUAAAUCAUGUAAUGACAAACUUCAGUUUGAGUAUAAUGAAGAAAUCCCCAAGAGGAUAAAGAAAGCCGAUAACUCUGCUUGCAACAAAGGAAAGGUUUAUGACAUGGAACUGGGAGAAGAAUUUUAUCUUCCUCAGAAUAAAAAGGAAAGCAGACAGAUUGCACCAGAGCUUUCUGACCUUGUCAUCUAUUGCCAAGCAGUAAAGUUUCCAGGCCUGUCAACUCUAAAUGCAUCUGGCUCUAGCAGAGGAAAAGAAAGGAAAAGCAGGAAGUCCAUUUUUGGCAACAAUCCGGGCAGAAUGAGCCCCGGGGAGACAGCAUCACUUAACAAAACAUCUGGAAAAAGUUCCUGUGAAGGAAUCCGACAGGCCUGGGAGGACUCGCCUUCCUCUGUCAACCCAGCCACGUCCCUCAGCGCUAUCAUUAGAACUCCCAAAUGCUACCACAUCUCCUCGCUGAAUGAAAAUGCCGCCAAACGUCUGUGUCGCAGGUAUUCUCAGAAACUGAUCCAGCACACUGCAUGCCAGCUGCUGAGGACGUAUCCGGCUGCCACCCGCAUCGACUCAUCCAACCCCAGCCCCCUCCUCUUCUGGCUCCAUGGGAUACAGCUCGUGGCGCUCAACUACCAGACAGAUGAUCUCCCUUUACAUUUAAAUGCUGCCAUGUUUGAGGCCAACGGUGGCUGUGGUUAUGUUCUGAAACCCCCAGUUCUGUGGGACAAGAACUGUCCCAUGUAUCAGAAGUUUUCUCCCUUGGAAAGAGACCUGGACAACAUGGAGCCUGCCAUCUAUUCUUUAACUAUCGUCUCUGGGCAGAACGUUUGCCCGAGUAACAGCACGGGAAGCCCGUGUAUAGAGGUCGACGUCCUGGGCAUGGCCCUGGAUAGCUGCCACUUCCGCACGAAGCCCAUCCACCGCAAUACUCUGAACCCCAUGUGGAAUGAACAGUUCCUCUUCCGGGUUCACUUUGAAGGUCUCCUAUUUCUUCGUUUUGCCGUUGUGGAGAACAACAGCUCGGUGGUAACUGCUCAGAGAAUCAUCCCCCUCAAGGCUCUAAAGCGAGGAUAUCGACAUCUUCAGCUGCGGAACCUCCACAAUGAACUCUUGGAAAUCUCUAGUUUAUUCAUAAACAGCAGGAGGAUGGAAGAAAAUUCCUCUGGCAAUACUAUGCCGGCCUCUUUGAUGUUUAAUACAGAAGAAAGAAAAUGUUUGCAGAUUCACAGAGUCACAGUACAUGGGGUCCCAGGUCCAGAGCCCUUUGCUGUUUUCUCCAUAAAUGGAGGCACCAAGGCAAAGCAGCUUCUCCAACAAAGUCUGACCAUUGAUCAAGACACCAAACCUAUUGCCACAGACUAUUUUUUAAUGGAAGAAAAAUAUUUUAUAUCUAAAGAAAAGAAUGAAUGUAGGAAACAGCCGUUCCAGAGAGCCAUUGGUCCAGAAGAAGAGAUCAUGCAGAUUUUAAGCAGCUGGUUUCCCGAAGAGGGAUAUGUUGGCAGGAUUGUCUUAAAAACCCAGCAGGAAAACCUGGAAGAGAAGAGCAUCGUUCAAGAUGACAAGGAGAUGAUCCUGAGCUCAGAGGAGGAGAGUUUCUUUGUCCAAGUGCAUGACGUUUCUCCCGAGCAACCGCGAACAGUCAUCAAGGCGCCCCGCGUCAGCACUGCACAGGACGUCAUUCAGCAGACCUUAUGCAAAGCCAAAUAUUCCUAUAGCAUCUUGAGCAACCCGAACCCAGGUGAUUAUGUGCUUUUGGAAGAGGUGGUGAAAGACACUGCCAACAGGAAGUCUUCUACCCCAAAGUCCUCCCAGCGUGUCCUUUUGGAUCAGGAGUGUGUUUUUCAAGCUCAAAGCAGGUGGAAAGGUGCAGGAAAAUUCAUCCUUAAGCUAAAGGAACAAGUGCAGGCAUCCCGAGAAGACAAAAGAAAAGGCAUCUCUUUUGCAAGCGAACUCAAGAAGCUCACCAAGUCGACUAAACAGCCCCGAGGACUCACAUCACCUUCUCAGGUCUUGGCCUCCGAAAAUGUCCAAAACAAGGAGGAGAAAUCUGUGGGCGGCUUGUCCUCCAGUGACACGAUAGACUAUCGACAGUGAGCAAGGGUAGCACGUUUUACCCAGGUGAAGAUCUUUGGGCAAGAAGUUAUAAAGUCAAGAAUGAACAUGAUGGAAACAAAUAUAACUUCCUUAUUUUCAUUAGACUUAAACUGGAAAUUGAUGAUUUCUGAACUUGCGAUAUGAGGUCCACACUGAGGUCAAGCAAAAUGGCACAGGGCUGGCUACCAACCAGUUUCCUGAUGAAGCAAAGAAGCCCAGCAGACUGCCACUUUACAUGUGUCAACAGUUGGAAAAACCAUUGCUAACCUUGCAAUAAUUGACUUAGAACAAGGGUCAACAAACUUUGUAAAGGGCUAGAUAGCAAAUAUUUUAGGCCUUAUGGGCCAUAUGGUCUCCACUGCAAUGACUCAACUCAGCUGUAGUGCAAAAGCAGCCAUAGACAAUACAUACGUGAAUGAAUGUGGCUGUGAUCCAAGAAAACUAUAUAAAGACACUGAAAUUGUAAUUUCAUACAAUUUUCCCAUGUAAUAAAUAUUCCUCUUUUGAUUUUUUAAAAUCAUUUAAAAAUGUAAAAACUAUUCUUAGUUCAAGAGCCAUACGAAACCAGGUGGCAGGCUGGAUUUGGCCCAAGGGCCAUAGUUUGCUGACCUGACUUAGAAAACUGGGAACAAGAUGCAGAGGUAUGAAAACAAGCAGGCUAGUUUAGUCAUACAUUUUAUGGCUGAGAAUUGGAAGAUUCUGGGCAUUGCAAGUGUAAAUAUGUCCUAUAAGAUUCAUUAAAAAUUAAUUCAAUUUAGUUUCUAUAUUGUGUACCAUUGUGAAUUCUGUAGUAUUUCUUUUUAGCUACAGAAUGAUGUUGGGUUUUUUUACGUUCAUUGCUUAUAUAUUCACAGACUUUUGGUUUCCAUAAAAUGAAGUUAGAAUAACGUAUAUCUACUGAGUUGUGACAUCUUAACAAGAAACUUAACCAUGUUUUUAAAGCAAAAGUAGAUUGUUGGUGUUUAUUUAUUUUACUAGGUUGGUACUGACAUUGUACCUAUAUAUUUAUUAUACAUAGCUUUCUUGAUAUUGCUUGCAGAUUAGAAGAGUUAGUGAUUCUAUCUUACUAUUUGAAGACAAAUCUCCUAAGAAGAAAAUGUAUGCUCUGAAUAUCUGAAACAGGCCAGAAUUUCAUGUAACUUGCCAUUUAAUGUAAAUUAUUUUAAAAACCUUGCUGUAUAAAACUAUCAUGUACGUGUAGAGGAUUCUUCUUAUUCUUGGCAUGAAGCAAAUUAUGAUUUUUAAAAUGAAAGGUGUUCCUCUAAGUAAAAUCCAAAUUUUAUCUUUCUAUUGACAUUAAAAUUUAAGAUGUUUUUCUUCAAAUUAUAAAACACACUAAAAAUCCUAACCUUUGCUUUGAGAAGUUUUUCACCAUAAAAAAUGAAUAAAACAAUCCCCAAGUUCUGCAUACGCUAACAGAAGUGUUAAAAACACACGGCCCAGCUUUCAUGUUACUGGAAGUUCUGACUGAGUCAAAGCUUUAAUGCUAGAAGAGCCACAUUUGCUUGUCAACAGAAUUCAGGCUAUUCCAGUUUGAUGUCAUUUGUACAGUGCUACAGGUUUCUUUUUAAAUCAAAUAAUCAGUCUACAACAAAUGUACAAUGCUGCCUCAUUUUUUAAAAUAUUCCAGAAACCGUAAUCAAGUUUCUCUAAACUAAGAGACAUUUCUUCCACUGGUUGGGCUUACUGUGUCAUAAAAAUUGGGUUACUGGUCUAACUGGCAAGAGUCAAGAUGAAAACUGUGCAGAGUAGCGAGAUGGAAAGCAAGACUGGUCUCACUAGGUUUAUCACUUGGCCUUCACUCUAAGCCCUGCAGCGCCCCACCCCAUGGCCCUUAGCACAAAAUCUGAAACUUACCUUGAGACUGCAAGGGAGUCACCUCCGGCCUAUGUUGCAACCCAGCUUGAUGGUUCAUUUUGAGGUGAAAGGACAUACUCUGCUGUAUUUGAGUCUUGGGGACUUUAGGGGGGACUACUCUACUAUUACAGCUAACCAGCACAACCUGGUGUUUGCCAAAAGUAGGAAAUUUUGAUUUAGAGCAUCUCUGAAUUAUACAGUUAUAUUACUAUAGCAAAUGAAAGAAAUUAUCCCAUUUAGAAUGCAUCUAAAAUAGUCACCCACACUAUACCCAUUACUACUUCAUACUUUCCAUACCAUUAAAAAUUUGGGUAGCAAACCUUCAUCAGUAAAGUCGAUGUGGAAAAGAAUCUAAAUAAUACAAGCUGGCUGCAACCCCCACCAAGUGGGAGAAAUGAAGGGUAUGGUGCCCACAAGCAGGCAAACCCCAGACCGGUUGGAACCAGAAGGUUGAUGAUGGUGACUCCCACUUAUGUCACCAUCAACCAAUCAGAAUGUCCAUGAGCUGAUGGCGCCCUCUUUGAACCAUUACUAUAAAACUCCUCACUACC